AUGAUUAAGCUUCCAUCAGCCAUUGGGCUUGUGAUAUUAUUGAUACUGAGUGAGCUUCAAUGGACAUUGUUAAUUCAUGCAUCAGAUGAUUCACUGAUUGCAGGUAAUUCACUAUUGGAUGGUGAUCCAAUUUCAUCCAAUGGCACAUCAACAUCAACCUUUUCACCGAGUGACUUUUACAUUGUUGAUUUCAAUGAAACUGAUUCACCUCAUGAGUUGCCAAUUUUAUCUCUAUCAUCAUUACCAUCUUCCUCCGCUUCAUCAUCAUCAUCAUCAUCAUCAUCAACUUCACCGCCAUCAUUAACUGAUUCAUUAUUGCCAUCAUCAUCUUUAACAUCAGCUGAAUCCGCAUCAUCAGCUUCAUUCAGCCUUCCUACGGAUUUUAUCAACAAUUCAUCAUCUUCGGCAAACUUUUCAAUAACCUAUCAAUUGGAUGACCUUCAUUCAGAAAGUUCAUUUCAACAUAAUCGUCAAGAUAUUGGUCCAUGGGUUAAACAUGAUUCCAAUCCAGGUUAUGGUAAUCGUCCUUCAUCAUCUUCGUCCUUCAAUAGUGAAUCCAAUGACGAUUAUGAUGAAGAUGGUAAAUCAGGUCCAGUGCAUCGUCCAAGCAGCUCAAUUUACAACAGGCCUUCAUAUCAACAUGGUGGACCAUCAUCUCAUUCUUAUCCCACAUCUUCACCAUCUCCUUCUUCUUCUUCUUCUUCUUCUUCUUCUUCGGGGAAAUCUCAAAUUCUAAGACAUGAAUACAGUUACCAACCAGCAUCAGGUAGAUCAACAGGUUUCAAGUACAAUGGUCCACAGGUAAGACAGUCUCAUGAGGAUUCAAGUUCUUCCAAUAAAGAGGAUUAUCGUCGAGUAGCUCGUAAGGAUAUGAGAAGAGAUCAUCAUGAAAAUGGUAAUUCUGGUAAUCCAGUGGGUGGACCUGUUGUACGUCAUGAAUGGAUGAAUAUAGAUCAUGGUAAUUCAGGUUCAUCUGAAGGUAAUGAAGGACCAAUUCCACCUCCUAAUUCACAGUCACAUGGACCUCAUCAUUCAUAUUCUAACGGUAACAACAAUAGCCCAAAUAAUCAUAAUAACAAUAAUCAGCAUCCAUCAAAGUAUCAAUCUUCCGGUUAUCAAGCACAACCCGGUCCUCAACAUCAGCCAAUUCAACCUCCUUAUGCACCUCAAGCUCAAUCUACGAGUGAUUCAGAUGAUACUUCCUGGGGUAAUAGUCAAUCUUCUGGUGAUGGUUCUAAUGAAGGAUCACCAUCAAUUCAAUACGAUGAACCCUCCAUGAGACAAAGUUAUGAUGAGGAAGCUAGUGAAUCAGAAGAAUCAGAAGAAGAUGACGAGAUAACAUCCAGCGGGCCUGAAGUCAUUGUUAAACAUCAAAUUCAUCAUUCACAACAUCAGGAUCAACAACAUCAAACUGGACCACAUAUUCAACAACAUCAUGUAACAACAAUUAACCACCCAAGCCCUUCGGGCCCAACAUACCCAGUACCUCAGGCUCAUGGUAAUAAUAAUAAUAAUAACCAUGAAAGUGCCACAGGGUUGACAAAACAUGAUGAAAACUAUUGGAAUGGUCCAUCAUCAUCAAUGGAUGGAUUCAGUAAAUUUCGUAAAAUGAAAGAAGCGGAAAAAGAGGGAUUAAUGGUUUUACCCAUGUCGCGAGUUCAGAUCAAUUCAAGAGCCGAUAAACCCCAGAAACGAGAGUACAGCGUUUCGACAAAGUACAAAAAAGGUAAAAAGUAUGAAAAGAAGUACAAGAAGGUAAAAUCGAAGAAAAAGAAGAAGAAGAAAAAGUGCUGCAAGAAAAAGAAAUGUAAAAAGGCGAAAAAGUGUAAACCCAAGAAGAAAAAGUGUAAAAAGCCGAAAAAGAAAUGCUGUGAAAAGGAAGAAAAGGAGUGGGGCGAAUGGCCUGAAAUGGAAGUUGUUUUCAAGAAGCCCAAGAAGAAGAAGAAGAGUAAAGGAUGGGACUCAUGGGGAGGUUACGGCGAUUCCUAUGGCAGUUACGAAGGCAAGGAAACGGAAUAUUUGAAUGCUAAAGAUAUUCUUGGUGCUGAGUAUCUUGUCGAACCUCCGAUUGGUAAUGCUGAUAUUUAUAUAGAAAAGAAAGAACCUCAUUCGGAGGAAGAAGAGGAAGAGCAUGAAGAUGAAGAGGAAGAAGAUCAGAAAGAGGAUAGAGAAGAUAAAGAGCCUGCAAAGAUCGAACCAAUGAGUGCGAUUAAACAGCGAGAAACUGCCACUGGAAUUUCAGAAGGUGGAGAUAAUUCUGGUGGAGCGAAUGUCCAGAAAAAUCAACAACAAUCGAAACAAUUGAAGCCAGUGACAAAGUACGAAGUCGAUCGACCUUAUGAAGUUCACGAGGUGGACAUGUUUCCACCUAAAUUUGAAUCUGACCCUCUCAACUUUGGAGUCUCUGCUUUAGGUGGUGGUUUCGACCCCAUGCUUAACAAUGCAAGAUUAGAUGCAAGAUUUCCCGGAUUAACAGGUCCAUUUAGUGGUCAAGAAAGUAAUACAGAAAAUAAAGGUGACAUUGGAAGGAUAAAAAGCAAAGGCUCAACAAUAGGGAACACAAGAGAUUCGACAAGGAUUGGAGCAAGUGUGUCACUCAACAAUGAUGGUGAAAGGUCAUCAGUAACUAAUGAAAAUAAAUACAAAAAGCGACCACCUCAACAUCCAGAGAUUAUUGAUGUUGAUGAUGUAUCAGCAUCUUCAAAGGUAGAAACUCAAUCUCAACAAGAACAACAUCCAAAUCAUCAGCCGACAGAUCAACAACAAACACGAGUAGACCUUAGGGACCGGUCAAGUGUAAACAAUGAAUCUGGUCGAGGUCAGGUUGAAGGGUCAUCUGAUUGGAAGAAGAUGAAUGAACCAGAUGAGCCAUGGAAAGCCAAUCAAGCUCAGAUUGAAGGAGAUAGAUGGUCAACUGAUAUUAUUCAUCGUAAUGAUUGGAGAGUCGGUGCUAAGCAGCCUCCUCCAAAAAGUGAUGAUGUCGUUGACCCUUGACCUUCUCUCAGGUCACUACUAACAUUUUUCGCAUCAUUUUUACUCUUCUCAAUUAAUAAAUAAACGUAAUGACGUGUAGAUCACAUCACCCCAACGAUUUGGAAUUAACAAAGUUCAAUAACUGCAACAAAACUUUUUCAUUAUCAAUCUUUUUUUUUUUCAACAAGAAUCAUUCAUUUAUCUCGAAACACUAAUUAGUUACUAUCUGAAUAUUUCAGAGAAAAUUUUGUACACACUCAUUAUUGGGACUAUCGACAAGUGUAAUUCAAGAAAUUUUUUUUUCGAAAUAAAAAAUACUCAUUAAUCAAACCAGAAUGAAAAGUUUGCAAACAUUUGUUGAAUCAUUGGAAUAGUAAUUAAGAGAAUGG